AUGUCCAUUCCAUCCCUAGACGAUGUCCUCCACGAUCGUAGCACCUCUCCUUACACAAAACCCCAUUUUGCCCAAUUUCUCUCGUCGGUCCACUGUCUUGAAAAUUUGGAAUUUGUGUUGGAAGUGUCUCAGUAUAUCGAUUUAGUGGAGGCCAACAACCUUACAUCCCAUCCCAAUUUAUGGGUGUCCAUCCGGCGCACGUUUAUCGUGGAAGAUGCCGCCAAAGAAAUCAAUCUUCCUUAUGAUAUCAGAAACAAAUUAUCCACUAUAAAUCACCCGGAAUUGUGCUGUGUCAAACGAGCACGCCAAAUCAUUCACGAGAUUCUCCUUGACUUGUAUAACGAGUUCGCAAAGCGUGUCACAGUCACCUGGGACCCCAGAUAUUCGGCGUCGCUAGAAGUGACGCUGCGCCGCGCUCUGGAAAUAAUUUCGCCAGAGAGCGACCACCUGCCACUUGUCCAGGUAAUUCCCCGGUCGGGGUCAUUUUCAUACUAUGAUGAAACCGCCCGUGUACGCCAACAACAACUAUCUCCUUCGACCGAUUCCGACGUUAUUAUUUUUGACGAAGAAGCGGAAAUCGGGUUGGACAAAAGCCGCAACAAUAGCACCGGAUCCACGUCGCUGUCACGAGGAUCGUCCAUUGGCUCGUUGGUGGACUCGUUGAAAAACAACGAUAUGAUGAAUUGGCGGAAGGCUGUUCGCAAGUUCAAGUUGCGGCGCUUUCUGAAUGAAGAACCUCAACGCCCAUAG